UUGAGAUGGAAACCCAUUUCUCUUCCAUGGUUUCUCAUUUUUACUUGCAUUUUUUUUUUCCAAAUUUUUAGGUAAAAAAAUCCAGUCCAACCCAAUUUACUUUCUCAUUCAAUGAUAUCAGAUCGCCCAGAAGAAAAAAAAAAGGAAAAGGAAAUCGUUUAGAGAAAGAGAGAGAGAGAGCGCAAACGUACGCAGAGCAGAAAGUAACCUUUUUUUUUUUGUUCAACUUUUUUUCUUGUUUUUAGUUCUCACUUAGUGUGUCAACCCAAUUGCUAGAAAAGUUAUCUUUCACAACACCCAUUUCUCCAUGUACUUUAUUCUCUGUAGCUAGGGUUUUUUUGCUUCAAAUGUGAGGCAGAAUGGAACCUUCUGAAGCUGUUUCGACCCCUAAUCACAGUGAAGACACGACUUCUGGAUCUCAAUCUUCACAGUUACAUAGUUCUGUUCUUGAUCCUGCACCAUUUGAUGCUCAGUAUGUGGCCACGGACGAUCCCAUCCGUGCAGAACUUCAGAAAUUGGAUUUGAAGGAUGAGAAAGAGGAGGUGGUGAAGGAUUAUGACGAAGGUGGGGAAUGGGAAGGUGAGACGAAUCCUGGUGAAGGUGAAGGUGAAGGGAAUGCUACCCAGAAGAUCGAUGAGAGUGAUCGAGAUAGAAGUAUUAAGAAUGACGAUGACGAUGAGGAGGUAGAUGCCGGCGACGGCGACGGCAGUGAGGUGGAAAAGAGAAGGGAAAGGUGGGGGAAAAACAACCACCAGUACCCAGUACGGCCCGAGGCUGAAGAUUGUGCGUUUUACCUCAAAACUGGGACUUGCAAGUUCGGAUCAUUUUGCAAAUUUAAUCACCCUGUGCGAAAGAGAAACCAGGCUGUUUCUGAGAAGUUGAAGCAUGAAGAUGACUCAGUUGGGCAGGCGAGCAAGACAGAAUGCAAGUACUACUCGAGGACGGGGGGUUGCAAAUUUGGAAAAGCUUGUAGAUAUAACCACACACGGCCAAAAGCAUUGGCAAACCCGAUUCUAGAGCUCAACUUCCUUGGUCUGCCAAUCCGACCAGAUGAAAAAGAGUGUCCCUAUUACAUGCGCACAGGAUCCUGCAAAUAUGGAGCGAACUGUAGGUUUAAUCAUCCCGAUCCUACAACCGUGGCUAUACCUGAAUCCCCUUCAGGAUAUAACAAUGGAGUGCCCCUACAAGGUGCACCACAACCACAGAUCACAUCCUGGACUUCACCAAGAGUACUGAAUGAAACUACAUUUGUACCUGCCAUGAUUUCACCAUCUCAGGAUUCAGAAUGGAAUGCAUACCAGGCACCUAUAUAUCCAUCAGAUUUAAGCGUGCUUCCGCCUCCAACAUACGUCAUGAACAAUCUAGCAUCUGAUACAGAUCUGUAUCCUUCUCAUCAGCAACUGGAAGAAUAUCCCGAACGACCUGGUCAACCCGAAUGCAGUUACUUUCUGAAGACAGGGGAUUGUAAAUUUAAAUCUCUUUGCAAAUAUCACCAUCCAAAGAAUCGGAACGCCAAGUUAACGACCUGCACUCUCAAUGACAAAGGGCUGCCUUUGAGACCUGAUCAGAACAUAUGCACGUAUUAUAGUCGCUAUGGCAUCUGCAAGUUCGGGCCAUCUUGCAAGUUCGACCAUCCCAUUCUUCCAGCUUCUUCAACUGUGAGCGAACCUGAACAGCAACCUCAUUACGGCAACUUUUCCACCAUCGAAGGAGCUGAAAUGGCUGGAGGAGGGAGCAGAAACAGCACCACAGUUGAGCAAUCUGCAUAAGAAGUUUGUGCAGAGGCCUGCUAGAUAUAUAGAGGAUUUUACAUGGAACAUUUGUUGGUUAAGGGGGACAGGAUAUAUUCAACUCGUUUUCCCGUCGGGUUGAGCUGCCAUAAGCUUUUCAAACAAUGGCACUUAUUUUCUAUAAUUUACGUUAAACAAAGAAAAUAUGUAAAUUAUACCUAUAUUCUCUCAUGUACUGACCGAUACACACAAUGACUAUAAUCCUGUAGCUUUAAGACAAUUUUAUCUGGUGAUUUGGGAUCAACUUAUGGCUGUAA